AUGGAGUAUGAACCAAGUUAUGGGCAAUGUUCUCUACAAGCCAAUGAAGAUAUCAUCUUCCCUUUGAUCAUGCGUGAUGUUUUCCCUGAAAAUGCUCAGAUGGAUGCCACAGUUUACGUCAACGGGGAGAACUUCAAUACUGGCUUUCCUGGGAUGAGCUGUGUUAAUGAGCCAUUGGUUCAUGACAGCUUCAUGGACCUGGAAAAGUUCCGUCCUUUAGGCCAUGAUGGAGUGUGUCAUGAGUACUCAUCCCAACACUUGGUAGCAAUCCAAGGGGAACUAAUGGAGGAGAACAGCUUGACCGAUCUACUCCUGGCUGGUGCCGAAGCUGUUGAGACUGAGAACUGGCAUGUAGCCUCCAUAGCACUUGCCAGGCUCGAUCACCUGCUUCUUACCCAAGAAACUGACACUAAUCCUCUUAGUCAAUUGGCCUGCUACUUUGCGCAGGGGCUCCGGCCUAGGACUAAUGAUCUCGGUGCAAACGGCGUCUCUCCGGUCCGUUCCAUGGUGUCCGAUGGCAUGUCGGCAUACCAGAUGCUGCAGGAACUAUCACCAUAUGUGAAGUUCGGGCACUUCACGGCAAACCAGGCCAUCCUUGAGGCGACGGAGGGUGAUCGGGAGGUCCACAUCGUGGAUUUCGACGUGAUGGAGGGGAUACAAUGGCCACCAUUAAUGGUGGAUUUUGCUAGCAGAGCCGGCACGUCACUUUGGAUCACUGCACUUGUUGAGGCCGGCAAUGUGGAGGUGGUCCACCGGACUGGACGGAGGUUGGUGGAGUUUGCCGACUCGAUCGGGCUCCCUCUUAGGUUUGAUUGGUUGUAUGUGGACAACGAAGGGGACUUGGAACGGGUCGAAGCCGGCGAAGGAUCACUCAUAAUAAACUGCAUGGUCAAUCAGCUAGAAAGGCCAAGCAGGAGCUUUCAAUCACUAAACGCCUUGCUUGGUGGUGUGAGGAAGUUAAGUCCAAAGCUGGUGGUUUUGGUGGAGGAAGAGCUCUUUAGCUUUGGUAAGAGUCCUUUCAAGUCCUUCGUGGAGUUCUUUUGUGAGGCUUUGCACCAUUUCUCUGCUAUCUUGGAUUCAUUAAAGGGUAGUUUUGUUGGUGGCUAUAGGAUGGGGCUGAGGCUGGUUGAGAGGGAGAUGCUGGGACCUAGGAUUAUGGAGUCUGUGGGACAUUUUUUAAGAGAAAUGAAGGGGUGGGGAGGUGGUUUUCGUGGGUUGGAGGGUUUCAGGGCCAUUCCUCUGAGCUCUUGUAACGUUUCUCAGGCCAAGUUUUUGGUGGGGCUCUUUAGUAAAGGGUAUGGGGUGCAGCAUGAGAGGGGUAGGUUGUCUCUGUGUUGGAAGUCAAGGCCUCUAACCACAGUGUCCAUCUGGGUCCAUGAAGGCAUUUUUGGUGGUUCAAGGGAUAUCUCAGUUUCUAACCCUCGACAUGGAUUUUCAUGGAAGUGUUAG